AUGGAAGUGAUGAAUAGAACGUCAUGGAGUGAGUUCAUUCUUAUUGGGCUUCUGAACCACACAGGAACACACACUUUUUUCUUUGGGGUCAUUCUGCUUACCUUCCUUAUUGCCUUGUCUGGAAACUGCCUCUUCUUUUUUCUGAUCCAAACAGGUUCUGAUUUUCACACACCCAUGUACUUUUUCCUCAGCCAGCUCUCCUUCAUGGACAUUUGCCUAACGUCCUCCAUUGUCCCCCAAAUGACCAUGGAUUUCUUAAAGAAGAACAACAGAAUUUCAUUGGCUGGAUGUGGGACACAGAUUUUUUUCACCCUGACCAUGGCAGGAGCAGAAUGCCUCCUGCUGACUGUCAUGUCCUACGACCGGUAUGUGGCCAUAUGCAAGCCUUUGCAAUAUCCAGUCCUCAUGAGCAGAAGGACCUGCCUGGCCAUGUCAGCAGGAGUUUGGUUUAGUGCUUCUUUUCAUGCUUUGAUGCACACCAUUUGUGUGAUCCAACUACCCUUCUGCAAGUCAAACAGGGUUAAUCAGUUUUUCUGCACAGUCCAAGCUCUGCUGCAGUUGUCCUGUUCUGAGACAUCCACGUAUGAAAAUGGAAUAUUUUUCACUGGCAUUAUAAUGCUUCUCGGUCCCAUCUCUGUCAUCCUGGCCUCCUACGUUUCCAUCCUUUUCACAGUCCUGGCAAUGCAGUCUGUUGAAGGAAGGCACAAGGCGUUUUCCACAUGCCUAUCCCACCUCUGUGUGGUAGGCAUCUUCUAUGGAGCAGCUAGUUUUAAGUAUAUGAGACCCAGAUCGUACAGAACACCACAACAGGAUAAGAUUGUCUCAGUGUUCUGUGACAUUGUUACCCCUAUGCUGAACCCCCUCAUAUACAGUCUGAGGAAUCGAGAUGUGCUAGCAGCACUCCGGAAGCAGAUGGGAAAAUGGACACUGAAAAAAUAA